AUGACAGUCCCGUUGUUUAUGACAGUGCUCUCCUUACUGAAGAUGAAAGUCUCCAUUUAUCAUGUUCUAGUCCGUUUUCGACUCUUUGCGGGAUUUGGAUCUAUUCCUGGUGAUAUCCUUCGACCCAAGUCUAAAACCGCCCUCCUAAAGAAGUUUUUGUUUGGAAACUACACAAAACAGCAGUUAAACUUAUUUUACACUGUGGAAAAGCCCGGUAGAGCACCACAACGAAUAACUUCUGUAAAGACACAACAUUUCUCCCCUCGUGUCUAUGUAUACAUGGAUCAACUCAUUCUCCGUCAAACACGAACAAAAGACACGGGUAUAUACACUUGUAUGUAUCGUGGGCGUCCACGCAUCGUUUGGGCUGUUACCGUACGCGCUGCUGGCGAGGAGCCGUAUAGACAGACCAUUGCACCAAUGGUCUACCUAGAAACCAAUGAGACUGAUACGAACCCCCCUAAAUCAAUUAGGACGUUAGGAAGGAAAACUAUCAUUCCAGCCAAUAUCCAGAUAUUUACCUCGUGGGGUCCAUGGUCACCCUGCGUGCCGUGCGUGGCCCAGUUGCCCCCGGGUAUACCCGAGCUCGGUUUCUUUGAGCGUGGUGGUGAGGGCUUCCAAAUGCGCGUGGGCACCUGUUAUACGCGCAUGCUUGACGGUUUCUUCCCCGUGAGGCCCUACAAGCUGGCGCACUACGCCACGAAGCCGCUUCGACAGUUCGGUCGCUCUGGAUUGCCCUGUCGUUCCCAUCUCAUUGCCCGUGGGGUCAUGGAGUCAAGAAUUCAGGCGCUCAAGAAACGACCCAGUGAACUCAUCAUUCGACCCUGUUAUCGACCCUGUCCUGCUCCGAAAAACUCACGCCUCUACUCCUUCAUCCCCUUCACCCGAGGCAUGGUAAAGGCGAGCGCACUGGAGGCGGCCGAUGAGGUCGCAAAACCAUCGAUGAAACGGAUACGCAUUAAGGAUGGCGACAGUUUCGUCCUCUCCUGCCCCCUGCGGGGUACUGUUCACUCACCCAUUUCCUGGUUCCGCCUUCCUACCAGCAAAAGUGAGACCAACAAUCUCACUGCCACUGCACUCAUGGCGGGCGCGUUUGGCGCCUUUGGAACCCCCUCUGGCUGGCUAGCCUUCCACGCAGAACAGGUAAACCUAUCCACCCUGCUGGCGAAGUCACGUGGUAGGGUACGCCUCGACCCCGCCUACCACCUGAUUUAUGCUGAAGCCAAAUCGGCCAGCGAUGCCGCGGUGGACAGCGAGAGCGGGCUUUUGCCCGUCUUCCGUCUGGCCUGUGUGCAUGGAGACGCGCGCGGCAGCAACUUCAAGUGGUCCGAUUGGACAGGGGUACUCGCGGUGGAGACGAUUGUGCGGUGGUCACAGUUGGAGGUUAUUACGGGUUUGAGCACUGCGGUAGCUGUCCUUAUGCCUGCAUUCCUUUCACUUGCAACUGUCUGUAUGGCUGUCAAGUGUCUGGCCGAUGAAAGGAAGGCUGCUAUGCGAGCUGCUGCAGCAGGAAGAACCCAAAGACCCAAAAUAUGA